AUGGGGGAAGUAGCCGCGUUUGCCACCGUGGCCGGCACCAUGGUCGGUAGGAUGGGGCCUAAGCUUGCAGAUUUUUUGCUGAAAAAUCAGAAGCUGCGGGCAGAUCUGGUGCAUGACAUCGAGCACAUCAAAAGAGAGUCCAACAUAAUUUCUGCCACCAUCAAGCAAGACAGCAUCGACCGUCCCCCGUGGAGCGGCAACGAGCCUCAUAAGCAAUGGAUCACGAUGGUGCGUGACUUGGCGUGCACCAUUGACGACUGCAUCGACAGCUUCAUACACCGCCUGCCGCUCAAGACCGGCGCGUCGUGGCCCCGUCGGAAAUACCACAGGGUGAAGACGAGGAAGGUCCGUAACAAGUUUGCCAAGGCGAUCCGUGAUCUAAGGAAGACAUCAAAUGAUAUAUUCGAGCUGAGAAGAAAAUACACCGACAAGAAGUUGUAUAGGGGCGGAGGCGGAGGCGGAGGCGGCGAAGGUGGAUCCAACACCUUGGAUCCAGAUGCACCUGGUGAGGAGACGGAGACAGACGAGGAGAUGGAGGCGGACACCGCCCUUUCAACUGGUAGCGUACAUGUGGGCUUGAAGGCUGCCGGGGAUGAGCUCAUGGAGCUGAUAAGUGAAACGGCGCAAGGCCAACAAGCUAAGGAGCUCAAGGUGAAGGUGAUCUCCAUAGUCGGAUUCGGUGGUAUAGGGAAGACUCUCCUUGCUAGGCAAGCAUACGACACGAUCAAGAACCAAUAUGAAGCAUGCGCUUGGGUUUGUGCUUCAGACAAGCGCGCAAAGGCUGUUCUCACAAAGAUACUCUGGAAACUUGAGAAGCAUCCCGCCAUUGGCAAUAGAGGUCAUUCUCGAAAAAAAAUUGGCAAUAGAGGUGGAACUGCAGGCAGCUCCUGCACCAUGAACAAGCUCCGUGCAACCAUAAGAAGGUGCCUUGAGACAAAGAGGUUCAUCAUUGUGAUAGAUGACAUGCGGGAAGAUUUUUGGGAAGAUAUAAAAGAUGCGUUCCCUGUGGUUCCCGGGGAUAGUAACAGAGUUAUCAUUACGACGGCCACUCAGACCAUUGCAAAUGAAUGCAGCUCUGCAAAUGGUCAUGUUUACGUAAUGAGAACUCUUGACGAGGACCAUUCUGAACAAUUGUUAAUGAAGAUAGCCUCCUCGGAUCAGUACCCACCACUAGCGAGUGAAACCGAGCUCUGUUCAGAAGCACUGAAGAAAUGUGAUGGUCUACCCCUUUCUCUUGUAACAACUGGCAAGCUGUUGCAUGGUGAUCGCACACGGGACCGAUGGGCAAUUCUAUGUAAAACCCUUGGCGUACAUCUGGAGAAUAAUAAGAAGUUAGCAAGUAUGAAGCGUGUGCUCAUCCGUAGCUACACCAGCCUUGGUAGCCAAGAUGUAAAGAAUUGCUUGCUAUAUCUGGGUAUUUUUCCCAUUGGUCGUCCAGUCAGGAGAGGAAGCCUGAUAAGGAGAUGGUCAGCUGAAGGGUUCAUCCCACCAGAGAGUGUCGCUAUAGGCAAUUUUGAUGAGCUGGUCGACCGGAGUAUCAUUCAGCCUAUUGAUGCCAGCAGCAGCAACAUCGCAAAGGUGAAGACAUGCCAAACCCACGGCAUGAUGCUCGAGUUCAUCAUGCACAAGUCCAUGUGUCAGAACUUUGUUACUGUGUUGUACGAUAACGCUACACUAUCCAGUGAUGUCCGCUGGCUUUCUCUGCAUGGUGCAAGCUCCAAAAUGGAUCAAGAGAAUUUGCAUCUUGUCCGGUCUCUGACAAUCUUCGGUAAAGCGCACAAAUCUGUCUUGGACUUCUCCAAGUAUAGACUGAUGCGAGUUUUGGAUUUGGAAGGGUGCAAUGAACACUUGGAGGACGAGCACCUAAAGGUGAUAUGCAGCAACUUGUUUCUGCUCAGGUACCUAAGCCUCAGGGGCGCAGCUAAAGUUCAGGUUCUUCCCAAAGAGAUCAGGAAGCUUCAGGUUUUGGAGACGCUCGAUUUAAGAGGAACGAAUAUAGAGAUCAUGCCCACACAAGUCAUGCAUCUGCCAUCUUUACUUCAUCUGUUUGGAAAGUUCAAGCUCCCACAAGGUGUAGGAGGUCGGAAAAUACAUAAGCUUCAUGCUUGGUUGGAAGAGAACAGUAAACUGCAAACUCUAGCAGGGUUUGUUGUUGACAACAAGAGCCAACGAUUUGCACAGCUGAUGAAUCAUAUGAAGGUGCUGACAAAAGUGAAAAUAUGGUGCGAGUCUAAUGCCACUGCCAGCAGCUCAAGUCAUGUCUCAAAGGCCAUCAAUCGGUUCAUGGGGAAAAGCACUGAUUCUUCUGAUUUCAGUCAUCUCUCAGAGGCCAUCAAGGACUUCAUCGAGAGAGGCGCAGAUCCGAACACUUCACUUUCGCUCUCAGUGAACUUCAACCACGAAUGGCCUCAAGACUUGCUGAAUUUCUCCCUGAAGAAGGACAAAACCUACUAUGUAAGAUCGCUCAAGCUGCAAGGGAACAACAUAUGCAGCCAGCUGCCUCAGUUUGUUACCAUGCUACGUGGUGUCACUAAGUUGUGCCUUCAAUUCCCUCGUCAUCAGCUGAAUGCUGACAUUCUUGUUUCCCUGGGCAGUGUGAGAGGCCUGAAGUACCUGAAGCUCAUUGCAACUCAACUGGACAUGCUCGUCAUUGGACAUGAUAUACUCCGAAACAUGCGGCACCUGUGCGUCGUGGUGGAAGUUAUGACUGGGAUGGUAAUCGAAGAGGGAGCUCUACCAUACCUCGAGUCUCUCCAGCUACUAUGUAAGGAUCUCAACUGCUUUAGUGGCACGAAGAUCCAGUCCCUACCAUGUCUCAAGGAGGUAGCCCUCCAUGAUGGAGUGUGCAAGGAAACAAAACAGGAGUGGGAAGGAGCAACGAAGAACCAUCCCAGACGUCCCAAGCUCUUGUUUUUCACAAAAAAAAUGGUUGAUGAUCAUUUCAUGGGAAGCGAGGCUGCUGUGGAAAUUAGCCUUCCGGCAACAACUACGCAUACAAUGGCUGUGGAAAGUGAGCCUGCGCAGAAUUCUGAGAGCCAUGAUGCACCACCUACUGAUACCACGUUAUUGGUGACAACACCACCACAUGUCAUUUCUACUCAAGAGCCUGUACAAGUUGUUACUACUUCUGAGAUGGUUGAUGCUCAGGACCUGAUGGGAACUGAGUCUGCUACAGAAAGUAGUUCUGUGGCACCAAGUACUGAUAGGACCAAAAAGAUUGAUGUGGAAAGUGAGCCUGCAGAAAAUUCCGAGAGCCCAGUAGCACCACCUACUGAUAUGAUGUUAUCAAUCACAACGUCACCCAAUGUCAUUUCUACCAGAGAGUCUGUCUGUCUUAAUGGUGGCUGUCAACAUGGUGAUGAUGGGAAAGAUGUGGAUAACAUUGAGGACCCAAAAGAUUUUACUACAAAAGAUGGUCGGAUCGGUCAGGUGAUAGAUCAGAAGAACAAGGAAAGUUUAGAGGAUCUGCAGAUGGACAAUGGCACCCAGAAACGAGGCCUACAAAACAAACGGCGCAUGCGCGCAAGGAUGUUGUCGCUAGUGAAAAUUGGCGUCUUCCGUCAGAGAAGUCGACAGGGGCGGUUGGUGCAUCGGCUGGGUUAA